AUGCAUACAUUUCGUUCCAAUUAUUUCAUUUUUCUAUUCAUAUCAUUUUUGCAAGUUUUUUUGCAAAAAGUGAUAGUAGCAGUAGCAGCAUUUGAUGAAAAUGCGGAAAUUACAACAUCUCAUUUUACCGAUCCAAAACGUGGACGUAUGUCGUGGAUUAUCGAUGAAAAUGCUUUACCAUGGACUGGACAGUAUUAUUACAUUGAGUCGAAAGAAUCACCAAUGACUAAUUUGUUGAUUGUUGUUGACAGCUCAAAUGGUAAUCAUCUUGGUAAUUGCGCAUCAUAUGCUCCACGAGAUAAUAAAUGGCGCAAAUUUUUUUGGACACUUACAGAGGAUUCAUUAAUUUGUAAUAUUACCGAUAUCGAAACAACCAUUUCAAAAAUUCAUUUUUCAUCGAUUAGCACACCACGAACAUUUUCCUUACGUAUUCUUGCUCAACGUGGACCAAAAUGUUUCCGUGAUAUGAUUGUACAAAAUGAGAGAUUAAAAAAUUGUCCACCAAAAUUACAACGUAAUUUAUUCCAAGCAAUGUCAUUGGAAUGUAAUUGUCCAAUAUCAACAACAACAACAACAACAACAACAACAACAACAACAGAUGGCAAUUCUGGUACUCAUAUUCGAAAUGGUAAUGUACCAUUUCAUUUUAUCAAUCCAACAAUUACCUCAACAAAUGACAGCUCAUCGAUUUCUCAUGAUUUUUCUCCCGGUAUAUCGAAGGAUAUCAGCAAUUUAAAUCUUAUCAAAACUGUUACUGAAUUAAUACCGGGAAUUAAUAUUACUACUACUACUACUGCUACUACUACCGUGUAUAAUACCGAAAUACCGAUAACAACAAAAGAAUUCAUAAAUUUACCAGUUGAUAUUGAUCAAAAUAGUGAUUGGAUAUCAUCUAUUAUACACGAAUCAUUUACAUCAAUGGCAACCCAUGAGCCCUUAUCAUCGUUAUCAUCAUCAUCAUCAUCAUCAUCAGUAGUAUCAGAUAUAGCAAGAAUCAGUAAACAAGACUGUACAGAUAUCCAAUGCUAUAAUAAUGGUACUUGCGUCGCUGAAAGUGAUGGAAGAGCUAUUUGCGUCUGUCAAGAGGGAUUUCUUGGAUCACAAUGUGAAAUAAAUUUAUGUGCUAAUGUGAAAUGUAUGCAUGAUGGUACUUGUCAAGCUAAUGGUAAUGUACCACGUUGUCAAUGUCGACCAGGUACUACCGGGAUAUUUUGUGAACAGCUUGUUUGUAAUCCAAAAUGUGAACAAGGUGGUAUUUGUGAGCUAACAAAUAAUGUAACGGUAUGUCGAUGUCCAAUAGGUACAUUUGGUACUAACUGUAAUAUCAUUGAUACAUGCAUUAACAAUAGUGAAGCAUGCAUUAAAUAUGAUAAUGAUGCACGUUGUCAAUUGGAUUCUGAUAAUUUCGCACUAAUUUCUCCGGUUUUGGUCAAUGCUACAUACAAAUGUCUUUGUUUGAAUGAGCUAUCCGAAUGGAUUGAUUGCAAAGAUUUGCCGAAAAAAGUUCAUUCUCCAACUACGUCAACUACUAUCACAACUACAGUAGCGAUAGCAAAUGUUGAUGCUGUAACUUCGAUAUUACAAUCCAAAAUGCGGGAACAUUCUGAAUUCGCUGAUCAUAUCGUUCCACUAUUUCAGAAUCAUCCACAUUUAUCAAAUCUAUUUCCAAAUUCAUUUAUGUUACCAUCCGCCACGAAUAUGACAACGAUAGCUUCUUUCAUCGGUUCUGUUGCAGAUUUUCAUCCAUCUAAUAAGUCCGGAAUGGAAAUGUUUUCGUCUGAGUUAAACAGACCUGUAGAAUCACUUCCGAAAUUGCAACCUACAGCGGUUCCAGAACCAUCAGGGCCAUUUUUAUUUGAUACUACAACAACUUCUAUUCCAUUUUUGUCAACAAUUUCACCGUUGUUUAUCACUCCGGAGUUACCUUUGCGACUUCAUCAUUUUUUUAAUAUGACCUCAGAAACAUCGACAAUAACAACCGCUGCUUUAUCAGAACAUCCUAAAUCUCGGGAUUCUGUUAAUUCUACUAGACUAACGAAUAAUUUUACCAUGAAUUCAAUAGGAAGAAAUUUCGAAGAAAUGUCAAAUAAACUUAAUGAGAAUGUAACCGUUGAAUCUUUACGUUCCUCAUCAGUUAAGGAAUUUUUCGCUACUACAUCAUCGCCUAAAAUAAUGAUCAGUAAUUCCUCAGUCAUCCAAUUAUCCACAUUACCCGGAUUUGCAACUACUAUGCCAUCUACUUCGAUACCAACAGCAGCAAUUAUUGACGGAGACAGUGAUCUUAAGCAAAUUAAUUCAUUUACACAAGAUGGACUGGAAACGGACGAUGAAUCAAUUUCAACUUCUGAAACAAGUAGUACAAUUGAGAAUGAUAAUUUAUCCAAUCAACUAAUUUCUACAACAACGAGCUUUUCUUCAACGUCAAAAAUUCAUGAAGAGGAAGAAGCGGAAAAGGAGGAAAGUUGGAAUUGGUCACACAGUUUAACAAAAUCAAUUGAAGAAUUGGAACAGACAACGAUAAGUAUCGAAGACCCUACCACGGAAUCCAGACAAACAUUUGAUGAAGAUGAAGUGAAAUUUGUGAAACUAACGGUCGGUCUUCCGACAACUACACUAAUUCCGGAUUUGAAUCAUCCUUCAGAUGAAGCUUUUAGCGAUAAUGAUGACACGACGAGAAGUAGUACUUCAUCUUGGACAAUUGUUUUAGCCAUUAUUUUAGCAUUGAUGGUAUUAGCGGGAGCAUGUGUUACGCUAGUAUUUCGUUAUGUACGUCGUUCACGUAAACUACAUGGGAAAUAUAAUCCAGCACGCGAGGAAAGUAUGUUAUCAAGCAGCUAUUCAAUGCCUAUGGCUACUGUUACUAAGGAAGAGCGGCUCAUUUAG